UGAAGAUCGGCAUUGCAAUAAGAGAUGGCUGUUUGCUCAGGUGUCAUUUUGCUGGCCGUUUGCUUGCUCUUCCAAAUAAGAACUUCAAAUGGCUUUUCUUGGAAAGAUUGCAGUCGUGCAAGUGACCCUAUUAAAUUCAAGCAAAUCUCAUUUGAACCAGACCCUCUUAAACUGCCUGGAUAUGCCUCCUAUGAAGGAACAGCCUAUGUGAGUCAGAGCGUCUCAUCAAUAACAGCCGAAGUAACACUGUACAAGAAGUUUCUAUUCUGGUGGAAAAUUCCCUGCUUUGAUGCAUUUCCGUGUAAUUUUGACAUAUGUGAACUGUUUGGUCGUGAUUCAUCGUGUUCUUUCAGCAGUGGUUAUUUUAAAUCCCCAAAACAAAGUUAUUAUAUUUCACGACCACGUAUCUCGUCCUUUUUGUUGAAAGGCUAUUACUCAGCAACAAUUAUUUUGAAGAGCCACGGGAAGCAAGUUGGCUGUACUUAUGUCUACUUUAACAUUGAUGGAUAAUGAUUUUAAUGCACAACAAUAAAUUGCAAAGUAAACCAACUAUCCACAUGUUUAAUAUUCUUUUCUCACAUGCAAUUCUGUUUAGUUUAGAAUGAUUUAAACUGUUGCUGUAAAAUUGUAAUUUUCUCUUAAUUUAC